AUGACGUCUGGUCUCUUAACUUUAACAAAAAGGAAUUUAGCAGGAAAUCAUAUAUAUUUAGGAAAAUGGCAUGACUACAACCAGUGGAAAUAUAUUGCCCCAUCUAAUUUGUUAGAUAUUAUAAAACCAGUUGAAAAAACUAAAGUAAUAAGCCCUAUUGCACAUAAGGGGCAAGAAGACAUGUUUAGUUACUUAAAUGGUUCUUACCAUGGAAAAAUAAUAACAAUGAAUGAUUUAAAUUCAAGUAAUUCAAAAACAAAUAAAAUAAGAGGAAGUGCUUUUCAUGGCCCAGAAAGAACAGAUGUAUUUCGAUUAAUUUUGUUUAACAGACUAAAACAAAAACAUCCACAGAGAAUUGUUCCAGAUGCUGAGCAUCUGAAAGAUGCAAACAAAGUGGAAGUAUCCAUUGUCUGGUUUUUGUGGUCUUUCGUUUUGUUUUAUUGUACCAUGUGUAUGUACGGAAGUAAUUACAUUAUAAAAAACAAAUCCACCUCAUUUCCUUGGAUGCCUCCAAGGACUGAUGGAUCCAAGGGAGAGGGCCCCAUAUUCUGGUACCUCGAGUAG